AUGGGGCUGUCGUGCCGCAUGUGCCGCGUGUGCCUCUUGCUGGCACUCACCCUGGCCCCAGUGGGUGCUGGCACCUGGCAGUGCCCCCGCAUCCCUUACAGCUCCACCAGGAACUUCUCUGUCCCCUACGCACUGCCCAGCCUCGACGCCGGCAGCCCCGUGCAGAACGUCGCUGUCUUCACUGACUCCACUGGCCCGGCCGCUGUCUUCGUGGCCAUCCGCAACCGCAUCUUGCUGGCCAGCCCCGAGCUGCGCCUCCUCUCUGUCCUCGUCACCGGCCCGGUGGGCAGCGCCGAGUGCGAGAUCUGCCGCCUGUGCCCAGCUGCCGCGGAUGGCCCCAAGGACACGGACAACGUCCUGCUGCUGCUGGACCCGCUGGAGCCAUGGCUGUACAGCUGUGGCACGGCGCAGCACGGGCUGUGCUACCAGCACCAGCUGGAGGUGCGGGAUGGCGAGGUGGCCAUCACGACCACGCGCUGCCUGUACUCGGCCAUGGGCAACAGCCCCGCAUCCUGCCCCGACUGCGUGGCCAGCCCCCUGGGGACCAGUGCCACCGUGGUGGCCACCUCCUAUGCCUCUUUCUUCUACCUUGGCUCCACCAUCAACAGCAGCGUGGCGGCACGGUACAGCCCACAGUCGGUGUCCGUCCGCAGGCUGAAGGGCACCUUGGACGGCUUUUCGGAUGACUUCCGGUGGCUGACGGUGCUGCCACAAUACCGGGACAACUACACCAUCCACUACGUGCAUUCCUUCACUGACGGGGACCACGUCUACUUCCUGACGGUGCAGCCGGAGCGGCCGGGCUCGGCGGCGUACCACACGCGCCUGGCACGGCUCAGCACCCACGAGCGCGACCUCCGCCGCUACCGCGAGCUUGUCCUCGACUGCCGCUUCGAGUCCAAGCGGCGACGGCGGCGGCGCAACGGCGAGGAGGAUGCCGAGCGGGACAUCGCCUACAACGUACUGCAGGCAGCCCACGCUGCCCGCCCUGGUGCCCGCCUGGCCCGCGACCUCGGCAUCAACGACACCGACACGGUGCUCUUCGGCGCCUUCGCUGAGAGCCGGCCAGAGAGCCGGGUGCCACGGGAGGACUCGGCCGUCUGCGCCUUCCCCCUCCACCUCCUCAACCAGGCCAUGGAGGAGGGCAUGGACAAGUGCUGCGGCACCGGGCACCAGCCGCUGCUGCGGGGGCUCAGCUUCUUCCAGCCGGUGGAGUACUGCCCGCACAAUGUGAACCUCUCGGCGCCGGUGGCCAACACCAGCUGCUGGGACCAGCCCACCCUCGUCCCCGCCGCCUCCCAUAAGGUAGACCUGUUCAACGGGCACCUGGCCGGCGUCCUCCUCACCUCCAUCUUCGUCACCGCCCUGGGGGACGUCACCGUGGCCCACCUGGGCACAGCGGAGGGACGCAUCUUCCAGAUGGUGCUCCAGCGCUCCAGCUCCUACCUCCUCACCUUGGCCAACUUCUCUCUGGGGGAGCCGGGGCCGGUGCGGGGUGCCAUGGGGCUGCAGAGCCACUCGCUGUUCUUCGCCGCCAGCACCAAGGUGUGGCGCCUGAACGUCACCGGCCCCGGCUGCCGCCACUUCUCCACGUGCCAGCGCUGCCUGCGGGCUGAGCGCUUCAUGGGCUGCGGCUGGUGCGGGGACGGGUGCAUGCGCCGCCACGAGUGCACCGGCCCCUGGGUCCAGGACAGCUGCCCACCCGUCCUCACCGACUUCCACCCCCGGAGCGCCCCGCUGCGAGGCCGGACACGGGUGACACUGUGUGGCAUGACCUUCCACUCCCACUCAGACCCUGACCCCCGCCGCAGCCCCCCUGGUGUCUAUCGGGUGGCGGUGGGACGGCGAGACUGCGCCGUGCUGCCAGAGGAGAGCAGGAGCCACAGACCCCUGCCCACCUCCCGCCGCAAGGACUUUGUGGAUGUGCUGGUGUGUGAGCUGGAGCCGGGAGGCCUGACAGCAGCGGGGGGCCCGGCCGACGUGGUGCUCACCGUGGAGGAACCCGCCGGACCCUCCAGCUUCCGUGUCCACGGCUCCGCCACCCUCGGUGGCUUCGUCUUCGUGGAGCCCCACAUCAGCACCCUGCACCCCCUGUUUGGCCCCCAGGGGGGUGGCACCCACCUCUCCCUGCGUGGCACUCACCUCUCGGCGGGGAGCAGCUGGCAGGUGAUGGUCAACGGCUCCGAGUGCCCCCUGGCCGGGCAGCCCAGGCAGGGUGACGGGGCGAUUCAGUGCACGGCUCCCGCCGCUGGUGGCCUGGGUGCAGCCUGGGUGGCCCUGUGGAUCGAUGGGGAGGAGUUCCCAGCCCCCCUGCCCUUCCAGUACCGCCCUGACCCCUUCGUUUCGGCCAUCGUCCCCAGCUGCAGCUAUGAGGGCUCAAUGCUCACCAUCAUUGGCACCCACCUGGACUCGGUGUAUCGCGCCAAGAUCCGCUUCGAAGCCAACGGCGUGAGGACUGAAGCCACGGAGUGCGAGGGCCCGCGGGCACCGGACUGGCUGCUGUGCCACAGCCCAGCCUUCCCCUUCGAGAGCAAGGUGGAGACAGCGCCGGGGAACCUGAGCGUGCUGCUGGACGGCGCCGCCGGCCGCUGGCUCUUCCGCCUCCGCUAUUACCCCCCACCCAAGGUCUUCCCCUUGGAGCCGGAGGGCGGGCACCUGCGCCUCAAGCCUGGCGACGACGAGAUCGAGGUGCACCAAUUGGGGCUGGACGCUGUGGCCGCCUGCAUGAACAUCACCAUGACGGUGGGGAGCCGGGACUGCCACCCCAAUGUGCUGAAGAACGAGGUGACUUGCCGCCUGCCCCGCGAGCUGCGCCUGCCCCCAGCCGGGGCCCCUGUGGAGAUCUGCGUGAACGGCGCCUGCAAGGCGCUGGGCUGCGUGCUGCCCCCCGCCACGUCGCUGGACCUGGCCGCCAGCCUGGCCCUGGGCACCGGUGUCACCUUCCUGGUCUGCUGCGUCCUGGCUGCCGUGCUGCUCCGCUGGCGCUGGAGGAAGAGGAGUGGGACGGAGAACCUGGAGCUGCUGGUGCAGCCCGGCCGCAGCGACCCCCCCGCCACCACCCAGCGCCCCGGCGUCGACUACAGGGAGGUGCUGGUGCUGCCCACAGCGGGCAGUCCUGGCCCAGUGGGGCCCCGGGCACGCUUCGCCGGUGCUGGUGCCGGCAUGGCGGGCGGUGGCUCCCCCGUGCCCCUGCUCAGGGCCACAUCCUGCUGCCUGGAGGACCUGCGGCCGGAGCUGCUGGAGGAGGUGAAGGACAUCCUCAUCCCUGAGGAGCGGCUCGUCACCCACCGCCACCAGGUCAUCGGCAAAGGGCACUUCGGCAGCGUCUACCAUGGCACCUACACGGACCCGCUGCUGGGGGACCUCCACUGCGCCGUCAAGUCCCUGCACCGCAUCUCGGACGUGGAGGAGGUGGAGGAGUUCCUGCGCGAGGGCAUCCUCAUGAAGAGCUUCCACCACCCCCAGGUGCUCUCGCUGCUGGGGGUGUGCCUGCCCCGCCAUGGGCUGCCCCUUGUUGUCCUGCCCUACAUGCGCCACGGGGACCUGCGCCACUUCAUCCGCGCCCAGGAGCGGAGCCCCACGGUGAAGGACCUCAUCGGCUUUGGGCUGCAGGUGGCCCUGGGCAUGGAGUACCUGGCCCAGAAGAAGUUUGUGCAUCGGGACCUGGCGGCCAGGAACUGCAUGCUAGACGAGACGUUGACGGUGAAAGUGGCCGACUUCGGGCUGGCACGGGAUGUGUUCGGCAAGGAGUACUACAGCGUCCGGCGGCACCGCCACGCCAAGCUGCCCGUCAAGUGGAUGGCGCUGGAGAGCCUCCAGACCCAAAAAUUCACCACCAAGUCAGAUGUGUGGUCCUUCGGGGUGCUCAUGUGGGAGCUGCUGACGAGGGGGGCAUCGCCGUACCCCGGGGUGGACCCCUACGACAUGGCCCGCUACCUGCUGCGGGGGAGACGCCUGCCGCAGCCCCGCCACUGCCCCGACACCCUGUACGGGGUGAUGCUGAGCUGCUGGGCGCCGGCGCCCGAGGAGAGGCCGUCCUUCACGGGGCUGGUGGGCGAGCUGGAGCGUGUCCUGGCCACGCUGGAGGGUGAGCACUAUGUCAACCUGGCCGUCACCUACGUCAACCUGGAGCGUGGCCCCCCCUUCCCCCCUGCCCCCCCGGGGCAGCUGCCUGAUGGCGAGGAUGAGGAUGAGGAUGAGGAUAAUGAGGAGGAGGAAGAGGAGGAAGAGGAGGAAGAGGAGGAAGAGGAGGAGGACACGGCUGUGUGCUGA